CAAAUCGGUCUAAAUCUAUGUUAGUGAGCACUUUGCUGAGAUAGUCCAUCCACCUCACAGCUACGGCAUGUUAACAUGCAGAUUAGACGGCAUAAUUGUUGCAUAGGCUGCCCACUAUAAAAUGUGCAGUUUUACUGUGUUCGGUUCAUGAAAAUGGGAGCAGAAACAAGAGUGCUGUUUUAAUAUUUUUGUUCAGUAUAUGCUGAUGUAUCAGUGGGCCAUUUCUUCGUUUGGCUUCAGUUAAGGCAAUAUUUCCAUUAUAAUCCUCUAAUUUCCACCAGACCCCAGCAAAUAUUGUUAAGUAAAAUAAAGUAGUUAUAAUUUAAUUGUGGUACAGUUUUACUAUAGUUAUUUCUGCUUUCAAAUUGCAAUUCGUUUAAUAUUAUGUAUGGGCAGUUAUACACACACGGCUCACCUCAAACGAGGAAGAGCGGAACCAAGAAAGAUGUUUAUAGUUCUGAGUCGGCGUGUAAACAGUGAUGCGCAUGAUGACAAUGGUGUUGGUUGUUGUUUUUUAAAUCGUGAGUAGGACAAUUUUCGACUAAGAUACAGAUGUGACAUUAAGUCUCACAUAUUUAUCGAGGCUAUGAAACUGUACCGAUCACUCUGCGAUGUCGCCAAAUUUCGAAGCACGUUCGACUUUGGAGGACGGGAAGUGGCUCACUGGUUCCCUGGACACAUGGCGAAAGUGAGCUGGUUUGUUUGUGACUGCGGGCAGGGCUGAAGCAGAUGAGAGCCAGUCUGAAGAGUGUGGACUGCAUCAUAGAAAUACACGACGCGAGAAUCCCCUUCUCUGGCAGAAACCCUGUGUUUCAGGAGACCCUGGACGUUAAACCACAUCUGCUCGUUCUUAACAAGAUGGACCUGGCUGAUCUGUCAAACAAACAGAGGAUCUUGAAGGAGCUUGAUAGAAAUGGAGUGAACAAUGUUCUGUUCACUAACUGUCUGAAGCAGCGGGACGAAAAUGUCACCAAGUUGGUGCCGACUGUGUUGGAGAUGAUGGCAAACUCGCAACGCUUUAACAGAGAAGAGAAUCAUAAUUAUUGCCUGAUGGUGAUUGGAGUGCCCAAUGUGGGAAAAUCGUCACUUAUCAACUCACUAAGAAGGACAAAUUUGAAAAAAGGCCGUGCGUCUCGAGUAGGUGGCGAGCCUGGCAUAACUCGAUCUGUCCUCACUAGGAUUCAGGUUUGUGAACGGCCCAUUAUGUACCUGUUGGACACACCAGGAGUCUUGCCUCCGAAGAUAGAGAGUGUUGAAACGGGUAUGAAGCUGGCGUUAUGUGGAACUAUCCUGGACCAUUUAGUGGGUGAGGAUAUCAUCGCUGACUACUUGCUCUAUUCUCUGAACCGGCUUGAGAAGUUCAGUUACGUGGAAAAAUACAACCUGCCAGAGCCUACCAACAACAUCCAACAUGUCCUGAAACGCAUCGCUGUGAAGCUCAGGAAGACUCAGCGUGUUAAAGCCAUCACUGGUGUUGGGAAUGUUACCAUCACUGUUCCCAACUACCCUGCAGCAGCGUACGAUUUCAUCCGAGCCUUUAGGAAAGGAGAGCUAGGACAAGUGAUUCUGGACUAAAGGACACAUUUUAAUGGAUGCACCUGUACAUUUAUACAUUGUACAUAAAAAAAAUAACAAAAAAUGUUUUGUUUUUUUUAAAGAUUUGAAUGUGUCUUGCUUUUAGAAUGAAAAAGGCAGAAGUCUUAAGAGUUGUUUUAAACUUGUUUAUUUGCAUUGAAACAGAUAACAAAGGUAUUGCUGUAUGUACAGUACACAAGUGCUGUAUAGAUAAGGAACAGUCUUCUGCUCCUAACAAGAGGAAGAAGCUUUGAGGAUACAUCACAACCUACUUGAGCAGCACCAUAUCUUU